AACGAGAGACCCAUCUCGAAGCCCCGAUCGAAUGUUCAUCCUCAGCACAUUCCCUUUUAGGAGGUUGCGAGCCUCGUGGCCUGUGGCGCCCAUUCAGUGUGGACACAGGCGAUGACAAGGGUUGAAUCUCGUCUAACUUCUACUAUGUCUCGUCGCUCGCAACCUCCUGCAAAUAUCGAGCCAAUUGGCGUAGAAGUUGAGGAAGAAGAGGUUACUGGAGGUGUGGGCGAGGGAGACGAGAUAAUGGAGGACGCACAGGCUCAGGAAGGAGAAUACAGUAUCAGUCUUUCUGACGUGGUAUCUGGUACUACAGGCUCUUCCACACCUACAUCCACAUUGACAUGGAUUAGCUGGUUUUGUUCGUUACCGGGCCAUGAAUACUUCUGUGAAGUUGCCGAAGAUUUCAUUGAAGAUGACUUCAACCUCACUGGGCUAAAUGCUAUGGUACCCUUCUGGAAGGAAGCCAUGGAGAUGGUGCUAGAUGUUGAACCAGAUGAGGACACUUCGAAAAUUCCGGACGUAUCUAUUGUAGAGGCAUCGGCAGAACUACUCUACGGCCUUGUUCAUCAAAGAUUUAUACUUACUCGUGCAGGUUUGCAAGCCAUGAUCGAGAAAUACGAAGCAGGUGUAUUUGGAGCAUGCCCUCGCGUAUAUUGUAGCAUGACCCACGUCGUGCCCUGUGGAAGGUCCGACCUGCCAGGACUCGAUACAGUGAAACUAUUCUGUCCCAACUGCAAUGAUAUUUACACACCCCCGAGCAGUCGUUUCCAGGGUGUAGACGGUGCAUUCUUUGGAACCACCUUUGCACAUCUCUUCUUUCAAAGUUACCGUGAGCUGGCGCCGGCGCCGUUCUGGAAGCCCUCGUCUGCAGGGUCAUCUUCAUCGUCUGCGCCGUCUUCUGGCUCAGGCAGUUCCUCCUCUCGCUCUUCCGAGAAGUUCGUGAACCCGAAUCCUCAUGGAGGAAAGCGGCGAGCAGCUGGACGGGUUUAUCAACCGAAGAUAUACGGAUUCAAAGUCAAUGAAAAAGCCAAAUGCGGUCCGAGAAUGCAGUGGAUGAGGCUGCGACCGGAAGACCCCGAAGAAUUGGACAUGGUUGAUUGGCGUGGGCGUUGGUACGACGAUGCUGAUGAAGACUUUGAUGAAGAGGAGGCUGAGGGCGAUGAAGAUCGACCCAUGGAAGACUUUGAUCCGGAUGUUGGUGAAGAUGACGAAGAGGAAUCGGAGGAAGAAGAGGAGGAGGAAGAUUCCAGGGUGAGUCAAGGGCGGUCAACUAGACAUGCCCAUUCCGCACCGCAGCCUCCAGUACCAGGAGCGUCAAAAGCGUCUUUGCGACCUGCGGAGAUAUUGCAGUCUAUUGAUAUCUCUAGUCUUCCUGUGAAGCUCCCUGUUGCUUCUAGAGUGAAGGUGAUGCGACAGUGGGUUACACCAGCUGCAACAACCCAGGUGUGCUAAACUAGAUGCAAUGAUGUAUAUUUAAUAUCUACUUUUUUCGUAAAUAACUAUCAUAGACACGAACCUACACCCAACGGCGAACGCUGACAAGCUUUCAGAAGUCUAAGGCUGAAUAUCUGGGUUAGGGUUUAGAUGAAGUCUCUA